UCACCCACUUAUUCCCACCUUUCAUUCACCAUCAUAAAUUAACACCCGCUUCGUUUGUUUCUCUACUUACUCCCUGAAUCAAAGAAUCCCCUCUCUCCAAAACAAAAACCCCACUCUUAUCAUUUCUCUCCUUUCGAAGUUCAAACGCCCGGAAUCUUCUUUUUUUGGGUUCUCCUUUCGUGUUCUAGAAAGUCGAAAGACAUGACUGACCCAGCACAACAAGAACCAACAACCUACACCACCCACCACGUCACAAUCCCACCUGGUUUAACUCAGUCCGAAUUCGACGAGUUAAACCCUCUCAUAACUGAGUUUCACAACUAUAGAAUCAGCCCGGGCCAAUGCUCCUCUCUCCUAGCACAGCGCAUAAACGCACCAAACGACCUCGUUUGGUCAAUUGCCCGCCGUUUCGACAAGCCACAGACCUACAAGCACUUCAUCAAGAGCUGCAGCGUGGCCCCAGGAUUCACAAUGACCGUGGGAUCCACACGUGACGUGAACGUGAUCUCUGGCUUGCCUGCUGCAACAAGCACAGAGAGGCUUGAUAUAUUGGACGAUGAACGGCAGGUCACGGGGUUUAGUAUUAUUGGAGGAGAACAUAGGUUGAAGAACUACAGGUCGGUAACGACAGUGCAUGGGUUCGAACGUGAAGGGAAGAUCUGGACGGUUGUUUUGGAAUCGUAUGUCGUUGAUGUACCGGAAGGGAAUACCGAGGAAGACACACGGCUGUUUGCUGAUACUGUUGUCAAGCUGAAUCUCCAAAAACUUGCGUCUGUUGCUGAAGGCUUGGCGCGUGACGGUAAAUAAUAACCCAAAAAAAAAAAACAAAUAAAACCCAAACCCAAAGAGCCAAAGACUCACUCGGCAACAGUACUUUUUUUUUUGCCCUUAAAUUUUUAUUUUUAAAGUUUAGUGAGUAUGUUUUUCCUUCUCUUUUUUAUUUCGGGCAGUUAGUUGGUGUAUUUGGGGAAAUGAAAAUAUCCUUUUGUUGGAAUAUAGAUUGGUUAUUGAUGCCCCUUGAAUUUUCCAGCGAGGGAUUGUGUUCCUUUGGGUUUUACUUUUUACCACUGUGAUGAUAAUGCUCUGUUGGAAUUGGGAGUGGAAGAGGAAGGUAAGGGCAUUAGAGUCAAUGCACGUGUACAGUCAGAGAUUUUGAGUCUUGGGAAUAUCAAUGUCUUUUAAGUUUUUGUGCAGAUUAAGAAAUUGGUGUGCUGUUUCGCUUUA